AUGCGUAACGUCACAAACGCAGAUGAAUAUUCGAAGGAAGAGGGGAAAGGGCACCCAAUUGAUGAUCCAGAGGAAAGGAAUGACGAAGAGUUUGAUUUUUUUGCAAACCUCACAAACGUUAUAGACCAGGAGGACAUAGACAAAGGAAUAAGAAAAAAGAAAAAAAAAACAAAGAAAGAAAAGAAAAAAGAAAAAAGAGAAUACCUAAGGGAAAAGCGAAAAAGGAAUAGACCCGAAGAAAAAAAGAAAAGGAAAGAAAAAAAAAAAAAGGAUUUGUUAAAAAUACUUAAUGCUUUAAGCGAAAAUGAAAAAAUACAUUUUUUAAAUGAAAGGAAAAAAUUACAGCAAAUUAAGAAAAAAAAAAAAGAACAAUUCAUACUAAAUUCAUAUAAUGAAGGAUAUAAAAUUUGCUAUAACUGUAGCUUUUUAAAUCUCAUGGGAGAAAAAGAAAUUUCAAGCUUGGCUAAGCAAGUGUUUCUUUCCUAUCACUAUAUGAUUAAGGAACAAGUUCCUAUACAAUUUCAUUUUACAAACUUUACGAGUAACAACGAAUUCUAUACACAACUGAAGGAUAAAUAUUCGUUACAAAAGUGGAAAGUCCAUGUUCAUUCUGAAAACUAUUGGGAUAUCUUUCAAAGAGAAAAGAUUGUUGUGCUAUCCCCAGAUGCUGAAGAGGAAUUGAUAGAAGUUCGGGACGAUGAGGUGUAUAUCAUUUCUGCCUUAGUCGAUCGGAGCGUUUCUAAAAAUUUAUCUUUUCAUCAAGCAUCUCUGCACAACUUAGUGACGAAGAGGUUACCCCUGGAGAAAUAUUUAAAAAAAAAAAAAAGCAAUGUGCUCAAUGUAAACACAGUUGUUGAAAUAUUGAUUAAUUUUUUAAAAAGCAAAAAUUGGAUGACGGUUUUUGAGAAAUGUAUGCCACAAAAGAAGGUUCUUUAUUUCUGUUAUGGUGAAGCGGACGGUGAAGGGAACGACCAAGAAGAUGUCAAAGCGGAUGACAAAGAGGGAGACCAUUCUAACGAUGGAGGAACAAAUGCAGAAGGACUUGGUUCAGAUGAGAAUGAAAAAAGAGAUGUUCAUCCGGAUCCUUUGUGA